AUGGAUUUCCUUCUCAUUGGUCUCUGUUUAAACUGGCUGCUGAGGAAGCCCCCGGGGUUGAUAUUGUGUACGCUGGGUAUCUUUUCUAAAAUGCUUCCAGCCGUGAAUAGUGGGUGUCCACAGCUCUGUCGGUGUGAGGGAAGGCUUUUGUACUGUGAAUCACUGAAUCUCACAGAGAUGCCUCGCAACCUGUCGGGCAUGAUGGGCUUGUCUCUGCGGUACAACAGCCUUUCAGAGCUGCAUGAUGGACAGUUCACAGGGUUAAUGCAGCUCACGUGGCUCUAUCUGGAUCACAAUCACAUUUGCUCAGUGGAGGGGAAUGCCUUUCAAAAAUUGCGGCGAGUUAAAGAGCUCACCCUGAGUUCCAACAAAAUAACCCAACUGCCCAACACCACUUUCCGACCCAUGCCGAACUUGCGCAGUGUGGAUUUAUCGUACAACAACCUGCAGGCUCUGGAGCCCGACCUGUUUCACGGGCUGAGGAAACUGACAACUUUGCACAUGCGGUCGAACGCCAUCAAGUUCGUGCCGGUGAGAAUUUUUCAGGACUGUCGCAGCCUGAAGUUUCUAGACAUAGGAUACAAUCAGUUAAAGAGCCUGGCUCGAAACUCUUUUGCAGGCUUGUUCAAACUCACCGAGCUGCACCUCGAGCACAAUGACUUGGUGAAAGUGAACUUAGCCCAUUUUCCCAGGCUCAUCUCCCUGCACUCCCUCUGCUUGCGAAGGAAUAAAGUCACCAUCGUCGUCAACACUUUGGACUGGAUAUGGCAGCUGGAGAAAAUGGAUCUCUCCGGCAACGAGAUCGAAUACAUUGAGCCUCACGUUUUCGAGAGCGUUCCUCACCUCAAGUCCCUGCAGCUGGACUCCAACCGCCUGACCUACAUCGACUCCCGAGUCCUCGACUCCUGGAAGUCCCUCACUAGCAUCAGCCUUUCUGCCAACGCCUGGGACUGCAGCCGCAACAUCUGCGCCCUGGCCUCCUGGCUCAGCAACUUCAAGGGGCGCUACGACAGCAACCUGCUCUGUGCCACCCCGGAGUACGCCCAGGGCGAGGACGUUUUGGACGCCGUCUAUGCUUUCCACUUGUGUGAGGACGAGGCAGACCCCACCAGCGUCAACACCCUCUCCCCGGUAACCAACGACAGCGACCAAGCCUUUGGCUAUGGCUCUGCCACCGCCACCUACGACGUGCAGGACAGCCAAGGGGACCCGACGGUCUACGCCAUCACCGUCACCAUGCCCGGCGAGAACUCGGAGAACGCCGUGCAGAUCCACAAGGUGGUGACGGGGACCAUGGCGCUGAUUUUUUCCUUCCUCAUCGUGGUUUUGGUGUUGUAUGUCUCCUGGAAGUGCUUUCCGGCCGGCUUGAGGCAACUAAGACAGUGUUUUGUGACACAGCGCAGAAAGCAGAAGCAAAAACAGACCAUGCAUCAAAUGGCUGCCAUGUCAGCCCAGGAGUAUUACGUUGAUUACAAACCCAACCACAUUGAGGGAGCCCUGGUGAUCAUUAACGAGUACGGAUCUUGUUCCUGUCACCAGCAGCCAGCGAGGGAAUGCGAGGUGUGA